AGGUCCGGCGCUGUAGUUCCGGUACGAAACUGAAACGUAGACUGCACCGGCGAAUGAAAAUUAGCUUUGCCACGCGCGGCUCCACCUACCGCCCAAUCAUCAUAAAUAUAUAUAUAUAUAGAGAGAGAGAGAGAGAGAGAGAGCGAGCGAGCGAGAGAGAGAUUGGGGGUAUCUGGUCUGGUGGUUGCGAAGCCGAAUGGGGGGCGGCGUCGGGGCUGCUAAUAAUGAUGAAGAAUUCGAGCGGCGAGUGGUGGAGACGUUCAAAUUAUGCGAGCGGCGGAACGAGCCGCCGGUGGUGUGGGCAAUAGAAGUGGCCAAAUGCGCGGUGUCGGCCGGCGUAGGGCUUCCGAGCGUGGAAUUAGGGGAGUUGCUGCUCUCUCAGCUCUGCUUCUCCCACAAACCCUCUCUCUGGAAGUUCCUCGACAUCGCUCUCUCCUCCAGCUUGCUCUCUCCUCUCCACAUCCUCGCCCUCCUCGCUUCCAGGAUUAUUCCUCACAGAUGGUCUCAACCAGAGGCGUAUCGACUCUAUCUUGAACUUUUGAGCAAAUAUGCAUUUUCAUUUUAUGGGAUUGGAGGAAAUGAAUGCCAAAAGAAGAUAAUAAGAUCUAUUGAUGUUGCCCUUCAGCUUUCCCAGACUUAUGAAGUUCAGGCUUUGGAACUUGGACAUGUGCUUGUGUUAUCCUUCUUUACCAUAUGCCUUGGCUUAAUUGAUAGCACAUUGUCUGACUGGGGAUUGCAAAUGACAUCUGCUGACAAAGGAAGUGGAACCAUUGCAAGAGAAGAUAGCCAGAAAAUGGAAGUGGACUCUAAAGGAGGUCGAAUCUGUAAAAGAAAUCAACACCCUGAAAGUUUAAGGAGAUCAAAUUCUUUUAUGGCCUUUGAGAUGCUGGCAAAGCUAACUGAAAACAGAAAGGCUAUGGUUCUGCUUCGCCUUGUCUACUUGAACAUGCCUGAAACAUUCAAUGGCCUCCUGCAGAGAAUGCAGUUUCUUGAAGUUCAAAAGUUGGCAUCCCCAGAUUUAACGUCUGCAGACCACACGCUGGCAAAAUUGUCUCUGAAUAUCCAGAGAGCAAUGGAUUUUGAAUACCAAUUCAACAGCCACCACCUCACUGGGUUGCUUAUUGAUAUCAAAUCACAUAAACGAUCACCUUGCUAUAAUACCAAAUCUGGUAGGUUUGCUUGUUGGGUUCCGUUCGAUAUUUAUAUGGAGAAUGCCAUGGAUGGGAAACAAUUUCCAGCCACUUCCGCCAUUGAUGUACUUACAGAAUUAAUCAAUACGCUGAAAGUAUUUAACAGGGCAAGCUGGCAAGAAACUUUUCUGGCACUCUGGCUUUCAGCCCUUCGCCUUGUGCAACGAGAACGUGAACCCCUAGAAGGUCCAGUUCCACAUUUGGAGGCCCGUCUUUGUGCCCUUUUGUCUAUCACCCCCUUGGCAAUUGCUCGGGUUUUGGAGGACGAUGCCGUGCCAUCUUCUUCAGGAGGUGUAGCAUCUAUGUAUGUGGAGAUUGGUCAUGGAUGUGGAAGGAAUGGAAAUGAUUAUGCUUCAAGGAGACAGGGACUGAUUUCCUCUCUUCAAGUCCUUGGACACUUUACUGCUCUCUUGUGCCCUCCUGCAUCAGUUGUUGAUGCAGCUAAUAAUGCUGCUGCUAAAGCAGCAACCUUCAUCUCUAAUUCUGAGCAUGUGAAGAAUGGAACAAGCACAGGUGGUUAUAGUGACGCCUUUGGAAAAACUGGUGGUGAUAUGAGGCAUCUCAUUGUGGAAGCUUGUCUAGCGAGAAAAUUAAUUGACACAUCAACGUACGUUUGGCCUGGUUAUGUGUGUGCAACCAUGACAUCGUUAUCAGAUUCAUCACAUCUUCAGAAAUCUCCUUGGGCAAUAUUUAUGGAAGGAGCACUAUUAAGUGGCCCCUUAGUAAAUGCACUCAUGACAAAUCCUGCUUCAAGUAUAGCAGAGGUUGAGAAGUUGUAUUAUAUUGCAUUGAAUGGGUCGGAGGACGAGAAAUCGGCUGCUGCAAAGAUCCUGUGUGGUGCAUCUCUCACUUGUGGAUGGAAUAUUCAGGAAUAUGUGGUGCAAUUUGUGGUCAAGCUUCUUUCUCCUCCUAUUCCUCAAAAUUUUAUAGGGUCAAGGAGUCAUCUGGUUGAUUAUAUGCCCAUGCUGAAUUCAAUCCUUUUGGGGGCUGCUUCUAUUGAUACCGUUCAUAUUCUGUCUUUGCAUGGUGUGGUGCCUCAAAUUGCAGCUUCUCUAAUGCCACUUUGUGAGACUUUUGGGUCACUUCCCCCAGGAUCAAAUAAAAAAUCAAGCAAGGGUGACGAAUCCUCAGUAUACAUGGUAUUUUCUUCUGCUUUUCUCUUUCUUCUUCGUCUGUGGAAAUUCUACAGACCUCCCCUAGAGCAUUGUGUUGAGGGGCGAGGAGGGGCAAUUGGAAGUGAGCUCACAUUGGAGUACCUUUUGAUAUUGCGCAACAGCUGCAUUCAAUCACAUAAUUCUGCUUCCCUAGAUCAUACAGUCACCAGUUCAAAUUUGCAUGAAUCAGCCAGAAACAAGCCCAUGUAUAUUGAUUCUUAUCCAAAGUUACGGGCUUGGUACUGUCAAAAUAAAUCCUGCAUAGCAUCAACACUUUCUGGCCUCUGUAAUGGGAAUCCUGUUCAUCAAGUUGCAAAUAAAAUAUUGAAUAUGAUCUACUGGAAAAUAACUAAAAGUGGGACUGCAUCCACUGACUCUUCCAUGUCAUCAAGCAAUGACUUUGGUGGUCCCUCAACUAGUACAGGAGAAGAAGUUUACCAGAUAUCUAUGCUCCCUGCAUGGGAGGUAUUGGAAGCCAUCCCAUUUGUUCUCGAGGCAAUCUUAACAGCUUGUGCCCAUGGAAAGCUUUCAUCACGGGAUCUAACAACAGGUUUGAGGGACCUUGUCAACUUUCUCCCUGCUUCUCUUGCAGCUAUAAUUAGCUACUUUUCUGCAGAAGUUACUCGGGGUGUAUGGAAACCAGUUUUGAUGAAUGGAAAGGACUGGCCUAGUCCUGCAGUUAAUCUUCUCUCAGUUGAGUCUGAAAUAAAAGAUAUUCUUGCUGCUGCUGGUGUUACUAUUCCUGGCUCUUCAUCUGGGGUUUCGCCAGCAAUACUUCCACUACCAAUGGCAAUUCUUGUCAGUCUGACCAUUACUUUUAAACUUGAUAAGAGCUUGGAGUGCAUCCAAGCCGUCGUUGGGCCUGCUUUGGAGCAUUGUGCCUCAGGAUGCCCUUGGCUGAGCAUGCCGAUAAUUGGAUCUCUUUGGGCUCAGAAGAUUCGCCGCUGGCACGACUUCAUUGUUGUAUCUUGUUCUCGCUCUGUUUUCAGGCAAGACCAGGGUGCUGUUGCUCAACUUCUUAGAAGUUGCUUCACUUCAUUUCUUGGAUCGCUUCAUCCUUCAUCCUCACCGCUCAUUAGUCAAAAUGGAGUGAAUGGUCUCCUGGGGAGCUUCAUCUCAGCUCCAGGCCAUACGCCCCGUGUAGCACCUGGAUUUCUUUACCUCCGAACUUGCCGUACAAUGCACCAUGUGUACCAUCGUCUGAAUCACGUGAUAGUGGAGCUUGUAGCUGGUUCUUCCCGGGAACUAGCCACCAGAUGGGCAAGUACAGAUUCACCCCGCUUGAUGUCUGCCCAAGCGUCUUUAAAUGUCACCAUUGCUAAGGCAAAGGAGGUGGCCACACUCGGAGCAAGCCUCUUAUGUGCUGCAGGCGGCCUCCAGCUGGUCCAGGAAUUAUAUCAGGAAACUGUUCCAACCUGGUUCCUUUCUGCAAGAGACCAAAACUGCGGCAAGGCCAAUUCUGUCUCCCCGAUACUCGAAGGAUAUACCAUGGCAUACAUGGUGGUGUUAUCAGGGUCUUUCAUUUGGGGUGUUGGUGACAAACCAACAUCAUGGGCAUUCUCCAGGAGAUUGAGUGGCUUUGGGGUCCAUAUGGACUUUGUGGUAGGGGUAUUGGAAGGGAACAUAUCACUUGGAUGUGAUCCUGCUACUUGGAAAGCUUAUGUUUCUUGUUUAGUUAGCUUGUUAGUGAGUUUUGCUCCAAUGUGGAUUGGGGAAGUGAAGGCAGAGACACUCAGGAAAUUGGCCUCUGGAUUGAGAGGAUGGCACGAGUGUGAACUGGCUCUUUCCCUCCUUGAAAGAGGUGGCCUAGCAGCCAUGGGAUCUGUCGCUCAAUUUGUGAAUGAAAUCUGACUUUUGUUUUGACUUCAAUAUGCGACUCUUCCCCGCAAAAAGUGGAAGGUGUCUCGGGUUGAGGUUGUAAAAGCAACCUAAAAGGCAAAGGCAAGGUCACAUACAAUAUGAUCUAUCCCUGACCCUCGCAAAGUGAGGAGAGAAGUCCCGUGCACUAAGUAUGCCCUUUUCAAAAGCUACUGAGUCGGAAGCGACCAAAACAAAAGUUGACAACUACUGCAAAGUUGGUAAGAAAAUAAUCAAAAUUUGAUGGCAUAGAUGAGGUGUUUUUUGCUUCCAUUUUUUUUUUGGGUUUCUAAAUCAGGAGACCAUUUGCAUUUGUUUGCAGCCUCUUUGCAAUGCAUAGGUUAGAUCAUGCACAGAGAUGAAUUUUUUUUUUUAAAGCAAAGAGUCUUUGUGUACUUGAAAUAACUUUUAUAGUAAUCAUUUGAACGUUUUGAGAA